AUGAUUGCUGACUAUGUCUAUUUUGGUAACAUGAUGACCUUUGAUACUACAUUCGGCACUAAUAAAGAAUUGAGACUCCUAGCUGUCUUUACUGGUUUUAAUCACCAUAGAGGGGUUGUGAUUUUUGGGGCUGCACUUCUAUAUGAUGAAACAGUGGAGUCAUUUAAAUGGCUUUUUGGAAGUUUCUUAGAUGCACAUGCGGGUAAAAAGCCUCGAUCGAUCUUUACAGAUCAAGAUGCUGUAAUGGCAAAGGCAUUAGAGCAAAAGCGACAUAAGGAAUUAGAGGUUGAAUUUAAUGCUCGAGAAAAAUUGUCUACAUUAGGAUUGAAGAAUUUCCCUUUGUUGAAGCAGGUAGCACAAACAUAUACUCCUAUGAUAUUUAAAAAAUUCCAUGAUGAAUAUAACUAUGCAUUAGCAGCAAUCAUAAAACAUCGUAAUGAUAGUCAGUUAGUUCAUGAAUAUAUUGCUGGGAUUUUUGAUGAAAGUAGAGAAUAUAAAGUAGUUUGCGAGCUUGCGAAUCAGAUAAUUUCAUGUAGUUGUAGGAAGUUCGAAACAUUUGGAAUUUUGUGUUGCCAUGCUUUCAAAAAAUUUGGCUGGCUUGAUAUAAAGAUAAUUCCUAGUACAUACAUUUUGAAGAGGUGGACAAGAGAAGCGAAGAGUGAAUACAUCUUAAAUACUAUGACGAAGAAUGUGGAAGAUGAUGUGAAUUUAAAUGUUGCACAACGAUAUAGAAGAUUAUGUCCAAUGCUAGUGGAAUUAGCCAUCGAAGCAGCUGACAAUGAAGAUGCAUAUGUUUUUGUAAAGAAGUUGGUAAAAGAAAUGCGAAAGCAAGUUCAAGAUAUUAAAAAGGGUUUUAGUGCCACUCUUGAUAAUGGAGCUCAAUUGUCAUUGUCAGAUGGCAAUGAAAAUGCAAAUCACACCCCAUCCAUUGAGAAAUUACUUGAAAUGGUCAAAGGGAUCAAGAAGAAGGAAGGUCGAAAGAGUAAGAAACGAUUCAAAGGUUGGGUUGAGAAACAACCAAAGAAGAAUGAAAAAAUUACAGCAAAGAGUAAUAUUUGA